UUGUCCACGAGUGUCCCGUUCUGGCGAGGAAAGUCACAGCAGAGAGCCUGUGGCUGCAACGCCGUACAUAAACAACUUUAAUUAAUUAAUUUAUUUACCCCCCUCAUUAUCUCUGGGGUUUCGUCCUGUCUACUGAGUUUUUAUUGGUAUUUUUGCUUUUUAGCGCUAUUUUUUUAUUGACAAAAUAUGUUCAUACAUCUACAUAUUCGUACAUCUUGUGUUGGUGACACAUUAUCGUUCAGCUUUUAUUACCUAUAAGACGGAGCAGCUACUGCAACAGAAAGGAGACGCUGUUCCAUAUUCAUGUCCAAAAGCAGCCGCAGCCAAUCAGCUGCUACUAUUCCCCCUCAGUGGGCGGGACUCGCGCUCAUGAAUAUCCAAUGAGCGCGCUCGCAGGGUACGCAGAACGAGACGGUUGUUGAAGUCUAUUAGACGCGUCUUAUUAUUGAUAAAGAAGGUCCGCCAUUAGCCGCGGUCGAAGGAAACAUUCGCGUGGGGAAGCUUGGAGCGCGUUGUUUGUUUGUUUUUUACCGACGUGGUUCUGGACCCAGCGUCAGUUGCCAACUCAGCCUCCGUAACGCCCGGAGUCUCGGGACGGAACAAUGCCUGGCAAAGCCGAGGUGGCGGUGGCGCUGCCAGCCGCAGCGGCUCCUCAGAAGUCCUACCCUUUCGUUUUGAAGAAGAUCAUGGACAUCCCACCUCCUAACAUCCUGGAGGAAGGAGACGACGAAUUAGAGAAGGAGAAGCAGUGCUCCUCAGAGGAUGUGGAUGGAGGAGGCGGUGUGGCCUCCGGUGCCGGUGGAGGCUCUAGAGGAGCGGGAGGUGGAGGAGGCGGUGGCAGCGGAGGAGGCGGCGCGGGGGCGUCGGCCUCCCUGACCCCGGCCAUCUGGGAGAAGACCAUUCCUUACGACGGCGAGACGUUCCACUUGGAGUACAUGGACCUGGACGAGUUUCUCCUGGAGAACGGGAUCCCGGUGAGUCUGGAGGAAGAGGAGCUGCAGAGGACUCUGGCCUCCGCGGAAACCAAAGCCAAACCUGCUCCCAAAGCCGUCGCUAUGACCCCCGCUGCACCAGUCGCUGCACCGGCGACCGCCGCCGAAGUCCCUGACCCGGCACCACCCGCCGCGGCUCCCUCCGACAGCCCUUCGGAUGCAGAGGAAACCGUGACGGUUACGACGUUACAGCCCGCCAAAAUGGAAGUAGAAGAAGAAGAAGAAGAGGAGGAAGAGGAGGAGGAAGGGCAAGAAGAGGAAGCUUUGACUAAGGAAGCUCCAGCAGAAGUGAAAGGGAAGAAAACAGAUGGUAAAGAACGAAACACGCCCUCCCCCAUCGACCCAGAUGCCAUCGAGGUGGACAUCAAUUUCCAGCCGGACCCCACAGACCUGGUCCUGUCCAGUGUUCCUGGGGGAGAACUGUUCAACCCCCGCAAGCACAAGUUCUCCGACGAGGAGCUGAAGCCUCAGCCCAUGAUCAAGAAAGCAAAGAAAGUGUUUGUUCCUGACGAGCAAAAGGAUGAGAAAUACUGGUCCAGGAGGAAGAAGAACAACCUGGCAGCAAAGCGUUCCCGUGAUGCGCGGCGGCUGAAAGAGAACCAGAUCACGGUGCGGGCCUCCUUCCUGGAGCGGGAAAACGCCGCGCUGAGGCAACAGGUUGCGGAGCUGCGGAAGGACUGUGGUCGCUGCAAGAACAUCGUGGCCCGCUACGAGGCCAAGUAUGGCCCUCUGUAAAACACCAAAACAAGUAAGAAAAAAAAAUAGAAAAGAAACGGCGACGAGGAAAAGAAGAACAAAAUAAAAAGAAAUCCAGAAUCCAACGAGACAGAAGCAGAACUCCCUUCCCCGCAGAUUCCCAACAUGAGACACAAACCUAAAUUUCCAAUGUUGUCUUCUUCACCGACCUCCGGUCGAGCGCCAGCUGACGCCAUGAUGCUGGAGGUUUGGACACACGCUGUCAGGUGAUGGGGGAGCGGUGGUCGCAGGAAGGCCUGUGGAGAGCGCCUGGCUCCUACACUGAAAGAAGCGGUCGAAUGUGGGUGUGGAAAAAGUCAUAAAGUGUAGAAAAAGAGGAAAGCGGCAGAAUCUCUCUCUGUCUCUCACACAUACAGUUUGGUUUUAUCACCAUACACUGCUUCUUGGAGGACCAAGUUUUGGACAGGCUCAAUCGGGCUAAUUAAACGAGCCGGAGUUAGCUUAAUAUCGGUACUGCUAGCAGGGCAGGCUGCUAUCGGCGGGCUUCAGUCCCAGUUCUUCCCCGUGUACACGUCGUGUUUUUGUGUGUUCUUACUGUGUGUAACCCAUCAUUGCACCUUUCCCUUAAAAAACACACACACACUCUCACACACACAUUAGCUGUGCGAGAACAGGUAGCCGUUAGCCGGCUAGCUAACUUUAAAACCGCAGGAGGGGAAAAAACAGUAGCUUCCUCAUAGAGGAUUAUAAGAGGAUGUUGAAGUAUAAUAAAUUCUGAGUUGUAUAAAAAAUUAAGACUUUAUAUAUGAAGAAAGAAAAGUCGAUUUUUAUGUCAGCCAGACGGUCUAAGUUUGACGAACUCAGAGGCCCUCAUUCGUGGAGGGGUAUGUUAAAACGUAGAGAUGUUUAUUUUACUGCACACUGCAAGUAGAAGGCGCUAGAGUCACUGUCUACUCACCAAAGGUGUCGUGACACGGGAUUGAUUUCUUUUCCUGUCUUUUUUUUCCUAAACAUGUAGCCAGGGCCCAGAGCCCGGUGCUUGUAAAUAAUAUAUAUUAUGAUUUUUUUUUCCUAAGAAAGGGACUAUGAAUGGUCUCUUUGUUAAACCAACAAUAUCCUAAUGUUUGCCAAAUAACGAGUGCUCUAUUCUCUCUGAUGGUAAUGACACUUUUGGUAAUUGUGGUGUACAAAACCUGUUUUUUCAUUCUUUAAGAAACAGCUAUACUAUGAAAACCAAUGACAGAGCAGGGAAUUCAAUGGAUAAACUGUGUUUUUGGAUGUUUUUCAAACAGAUUUUUAAAUGUCUUUUGUUAUUUCCUCCAGGAUCUGCUUUACCUCAUUCAGCACAUCCUAACAGGGCCAGUCCAAGGUUUUAGUAGAACUUGACACAAGGCCCCAUUUGCAAUUAAGUCUCACAAGUGUAAUUAGAAGACAUAGAGACUGAAAUGUACAUGAAUGUGAGCACAUAUUUUGAAAAUGUCUUAAAAUUCAAUUUAAAAAAUCUUAUCAAAUUUUAAAAAUCAAACGUUAUAAUAAAAUGGAAAUUAUUAAAUUAGCAGCAAUAAAUUGCCUCUAGCAUGAGCAUUAAACUAAAUUUCCCCUUGUGUGAAGACAUAACACAUUUUGUACAUUUUUUAAAAUAAAACAACUUGAAGGUAAUUUUGAAAAUGUAAAGCUAUAGUAAACAAGUCAUUAGUUUUAAAUUGUGACUCCAACCUAGCUAUCGAACUAAAUGCACAUAUUUUUUUAAAAAUAAAAACAUGAUUGAAAUUUAUUUGAAAAUUAAAAACAUAGAAAGUCCUCUUAAGCUUAAAACUCUGACUACUGCUCAUGUAAAAGUUAAAAUUUCUCACAAACAUGACCGUAAACAUUGGCUUCUGACGUCUAUCAGCUGGAAUUAGUGGGAUUGUGAAAGGGCUCUUGGGGGCCCCCUGCUGGCCUGGGGGCCCGAAGCAGUGACUUAGCAUGGCCACUUUAUUUCCCAUUCUGAUUGGAUACAUUUUUAGCAGAGCUAAAGUUGGCUCGGUUAAAGUAAAAGGUACAUAAGUUCUUAGUUCUUAAUGGCGCAAACUUUGGUUGAAUUCCUUUUUGCUAAAAUGGCCGAACCUGUUUCUAAUUCAGCAUCACAGACUGUUAGGGGUUUCUACAUUUUGUAAUCGGCUGGUUUGGGCUCCUUCUCACCGUAACUCUCGGAAAGAUAAUUAAUGUGGCAAUAAUACUCUGUUAUGUAAUGCCUGUUUAAUUUUAAGUGACGAUGUUAUGUGUAUAACGUGCUAUGACGUACUAAAUAGAAAUGUCCCCACGUCGUUGUGCUUCCAGUUUUUGGUCCUCUUUCCUCAAGGAUCCUAAUGCAUGAAAUCCAGUAAAGCUUGUCUUUAUUUUCUCUUGUAAGUGUCACACCAAGUGUACUUAUGUCUGUAAAACCAUCACUAAAUAUAGGAUGUGUUUUUGGAUACCUAAGAUACUUAUUCUGUAAAAAAUAAAAAUAAAAAAAAGAUGUCCCCUGCUUAUGAUGGGCACAACAGCGCCAUCUGUCUCAGCUGAAAGCGGUAUCUUUUUCUAACUAUUAUAAGGGUUGAGUUCGAUUUACUGCAAAUUUAAUUAUGUCAACAUUAUACACUGGAUCAGUCGGUGCUUUCUGUGUUUUCAUAAAGGGUAAUUACGUUUUUGGUGGUGUGGUAUAAAAGACAUUUUUAGGGCAGCGUGCGUUUGCCUUUAUGUCUUGAACAGUGCAAAAAUUUUAUAUUUUUUUCCAACUUAAUGGAAAACAGAUUUCUCCCCCCAAAAAUGUGCUGAAAUGGCAUUUUUAGUAUAAAAUAAAAAUAUGCUACGCACAGCAUGCCGCUGUCUCUUUCGUUCUGAUGUGAAGCACCUUAAAAAUAAUUUAUGAUAUAAGAAAUGAAAUUAAGACAAGUUAAAGAUACUCGACUGGCAGCUUGUAUUAUUUUUUUAGGAAAGAAAAAUGGCAGCAGUCAAUUAUUGCUACCCAUUGAUCCUCCGUCUUUAACCAAAUCUUUUAUUGUUUUGUGAUCAAGAUCUUGAACUUUUUCAAGAUGUUCCAAAAAGAGGACACAGUAAUGCUAUUAGUUGAAAAUCUGGAGCUCAGUUAAAUUUCUCAAAUAUGAACAAGUUGCACCCUGUAACCAGGUUGGAUUGCAAAUCUGAAUAGGUUCAAUAUUAUUGUGAUAGAGCUCCUGGAAAAAGAAAUAGUCAAAUCUUCCAUGUUUUUUUUUUUUUGGGUUUUCUUCUCUUUUUUAUAUAAACAUGUUUUUGUAAUCCCACUAUCGGCUACAUGCAGCUGUCAUAAUAUGUAACUGUACCUUGUUAUAUGCAUAUAAAAUAAAGUGGAAUUUAAUGA